CGAGGAGAGUGUGCGCUUAGAUGGCAGCUAUCAGUAUUAACCCGGCCAUCUCAGCGCGUGCUCGCUUUCUCGCGCUCGAGGGAGCAUUAAUUCGUAUUUGAAGUAAUUUCGGCAAAAAGAAAAAAGAAAGAAAGGAAAAACCAUAUAUAAUAUUCAGAAAUUCGAGACACGAAAUUUGAAAUCGUGUUUUAUUUUAGAGAGGGGGGAGAGAGAAUAAAAAAAAAUAGUUUAAGUGUGUUUAGAAAGUUCCCGCGUAAAUUCUAUAUCUGUCACGUGACAUCGCGAGAAACACGUCAUACUUGUUCUGUUUUUCGAGACCCUACGAAAGAGAGAGAAAGAGAGAGAAACGUAGGGAUAGAAAGAUCGGAGAUAAGACCGUGGAACGUGAGACUCACGUGGUCGUUAAGAGAUAUAAAUAAGAAUAAACUAGAAAAAAACGAGAAAACAGAGAAUUCGAUUAUAUUUUACAGAGCGGGACAAAAGAGAGAAAGAGAGAGAGAAAGAAAAAGAGAAACAACUUCAUUUGUGGAAAUCUAAUCUUUUUACGAGUUGAGUGAUAAGAAGAACCACGCGUGAUGCUGCUGUUGAAUGUGAAAAGUUCGAAGAUCCGCCUAAGAUUCGUUCGAUUGAUAGAACGUAAAUAGAAACGAGAUAUUGCGAUAGUUUUGAUAGAAAGGACGUGUUGUCCUUUGAUUGUGUUAAUCUCAAGAAUUUCAAGAACGACAAGAAAUACACACACAUAUCAUACGUACACAUAUAUCUCUGUGUGUGUGUUUAAUAUAUAUAUAUAUAUAUACACAUAUAUACACACGGAUAUCGUGUAAACGAACUUUUGUUUAACGAUAACGUUACAGAACGGAUUGUACGUAGUUUUCAUGUCUUCCAGACGAGUGUGACAUUGCUCAUGAAACUUUCGAUUCUGUCGGUCGAUCGUAUUCGGAUUAAUUCGAAGUUGCAAUUCAAAGGAAAAAGGACGUUGGAAAGAAAAAAUUGUUGAGAGAUCACUUUCACUCUUCUCUGCCGAUCGAACUUUUUUGGAAUCAACUUCAAUGACGUAUUUUCUCGUUAUGAAUACACCGUUAGAGCCGAAUCAGUAUCGUUCGCCGCAUGGGUGCCUGGGUUGACGAUCGUUUAGUGGAGGAGGAGGAGGUGGUCCUGAUCAAACAGCAGAAGCAAAAGCAUCAGCAUAAACAGGGCCCAUCAAGAAGGACUUGCCGAAUUUUUGAUCGAGUUUGCGAUGGUGGCGGUGUGGGUACGGGCCAAUUGCGUCCAGACAUCAUAUUCUCAUAUUACGCCGCGUUCGCGUCCGCGUUGCUGUUGCCGUUACGUCGUCAGUUUACCAGGCAGUUGUACGAGUGGCCGUGUUUACCAUUGUUUAAAUCAAGGACGAAACUAAAUCGGUUUUGAAUUGAAAGUUCGCGUGAAGUUUUCUACAAAAUUUAAAACGAUUAAAUCUCAUUGGGGAAAAAGAAUCAUAUUCUCUUCUUCUUUUCUCUUUUCAUUUUCUUUACAUUCUCGUUCCGAGAAGAUUAUAAGAAGGGAAAUUGCAAGAAGAAACAUCGAAGGUGGGCUUUGAUGUCAUUCGACACAAAGUCAGAUAAAUUGCGUUUGAACGAGGAAUAUUUCUUUCGUCGAAGGGUGUUCGCCAAUAUGGCCGACUGGACCAAGUUCAAGGGCAAGAGAAACAGUCGAAAGAACGAACGAAAUGGAUCGACGGGCGAGAGAAAUGAUGGUUUUCCGAAGGAGUCUGGUUCAUUGGGGGGGAAUGGAGUAUUGGAUUCGAACGAUCGAAAGAUUGUUAUUGAAGUUACCGAUAAGACACCUUUCGAAAUGCGUCUGGAAGAGACACGAGAAAAUAGCGGAGGACAGGAAACGGUGGAGGUUCUCUUGGAGGACACUUCCAAAGCUUUAAAUAGAUAUAAGGAUAACAGCGAAGAGAAAAGACUUGUAGAGAAAUAUAGCGAUCAGUGGUUAGAGCCUGGAUCGAGAAUACGUCAAGAAGCGAAACAAGAGUUGAUAGAAAGUAUGAAUAAUUCACCAAAGAGACCAGGAAGUCUUUAUAAAGAUGACUCGUCUAGUCCACAAAAGUUGAAGAAUGUUUUCAACGAGAGAAAUUCGCUUUUUGGAUCACCAACCAGGAUCCCUCUCUCGUCGAAGGGUCACUCACCAACAGAGAAGAGUACGGAAAGACUCGUUAAUGGUAAAUCACCGAGAGAAGAGAAGCAACAACAUCACGUUCAAUUUAACAAGGAUUCGAAAAAGCAAUCGCAACAGCAAGAACAGCAACAAAAUUUGUCAGAGGAGAGACCACAUCCGAGUCCUUCGAUUUCUACCUCGACUACCAGUAGCUCCGAGGACAACUCGACUCUCGAUCAAUUUUGUGAAGCCAGACCACCGGACGGUGGUUGGGGCUGGGUCGUGGUCGCUGCUUCCUUUAUGGUUAAUCUCAUAGCGGAUGGCAUCACUUUUUCAUUCGGUGUCAUUUACGUCGAGUUUCUUAAUUAUUUUGGAGAAGGCAAAUCAAAGACCGCAUGGAUAGGUAGUCUUUUCAUGGCAAUGCCUCUGUUGUCUGGACCAGUAGCGAGUUUUCUAACGGACAGGUACGGUUGUCGGAGAGUCUCGAUAGCUGGUAGUAUAUUAGCAACUGCAGGAUUUAUCGUGAGUUCAUACGCAAAUUCAAUGGGGGUUCUAAUUUUUACAUUUGGAGUCGUUGCCGGUUUCGGAUUGUCUUUAUGUUUCGUUGCGGCAGUCGUCAUCGUCGCCUACUACUUUGACAAGAAGAGAUCUUUCGCCACAGGAUUGUCUGUCUGCGGCAGCGGCAUUGGUACUUUCAUCUUUGCCCCUGUAACUCAGUAUCUUCUUGCGGAAUAUGGUUGGAGAGGAACGAUGUUGAUUCUAGCAGGUCUGUUUCUGAAUUUAGCGGUAUGUGGCUGUUUGAUGAGGGACCUCGAGUGGACGACCACCAUAACAAAGGCAAAAACUGAGGAGAGGAGAAAAAAUCGUGAGAAAAAGAGAUCGAGAAUGCAAAGCUCCAGUGCCGAUUCGUUCUCCGCAAGUAGUUCGGCAAAUACGACAACUCAAACGCCUCAUGGUGACACAAAAAGAAGUUUUGCUUCGGCGAAUGCGAUGAUCAUCGAGAAUCUUCGUCUGCAAGAGGAAGGGGACGACGAUAAACUCUUCUCCAGUCUCGUCAGUUUGCCUACUUUCGUUAAAAACGGCGAGAAGGUUCCACUCGAGGUACUGGAAUUACUAAGUACUCGAAAGAACGUCUACAACGUCUUGGUACAAAAUUAUCCGAAUCUUUUGAUAUCCUCCAAGAGCUUCAGCGAUUCCGGAGCUCUUCACGAUCAAAUAAGUAUACCUUCGGCUAGAUUCGUACCAACGCCCAGUCCAUUAGCCGAUCUUAAAGGCGAGGAUCGCAAAGACAAAAGCUCGAAAGAUGAUGAGCAAGAAAUCGGAAAACAGGCCGAUGCCUCGUAUCUUUGGUGGCUAAAAAAGAUCAACUCCGAUAGUCCUUUGCGUCGUUCAAGUACCAUGGAACAUCCACGAAGACUGCCCACAGCCUAUCUCAAGGACAUCAGGAUGCACAGGCACAGUCUCACUUAUAGAGGAGCCAUGCUCAACAUCAACAGGUAUCGAUUGAGAGCCUCUAGCUGUCCAGAUAUUUACAGGAAUUCGAUGACCACAAUAGCUAAAACGAAGUUGGUCUGGUACGCUGGCCUUUGGGAGUUCUGGGAUCUUAUCGUUGACAUGCUGGAUUUUUCUCACUUUGCCGACUCACGAUUCUUACUCUUUGCCAUCAGUAACUUCCUUUUACAUACUUGGUACGACGUACCUUACGUCUAUCUCACGGAUAAUGCCAUUGAGAUGGGUUUCAGCGAAACUGAUGCUUCCAUUUUGAUUUCGGUGAUCGGUAUCACCAAUAUGGGCGGCGAGAUUAUUUUAGGUUGGGCUGGUGAUAGAGAUUGGGCGAAUGCUUCCAUCGUCUACGCCGUGUGUAUGUCACUUUGUGGCGCGGUCACGGCUAUGAUACCCAUGGUGGUCAGCAAUUAUUAUAUGCUCUGCGCAAUAUCUGGUGCCUUUGGUCUCUUUAUCUCGGCGAAUUAUAGUCUUACCAGCAUCAUUCUCGUCGAGCUGAUCACAAUCGAGAGAUUUACCAAUGCCUAUGGACUUCUACUCCUUGUUCAAGGUGUCGCAAAUCUCAUGGGUCCACCAUUAGCUGGGUGGCUCUAUGACAUCACCGGAUCGUAUGAUCUCUCCUUCUACUUGGCCGGCUUCUUCAUCGCCGUAAGUGGGGCGUUGCUUUUGGUAACGCCGCUCGUCGGCCUCUAUCGAAAAUUUAGGCCAGGCUUGAAGGAAGAGGUAGCUAACAAGGAUUUCGCCGAAACGAAUAAUGUUUAAAUUGUGACGUGAUUCAUAACAUUACUCUUACGAUACGAAAGAUCUUGAAAACAAAAAGAAAAUAAAAAAAAAAUUAAACAACGGAGAAUGGGGGUAAUGGAAUUUAUGGAAAAAUUAUCUUUCCGAUUCAGGAAUUGUAAAUUUACGCGUAAAGAAAAAAAAAAAAAGAGACAUAAAAAGAAACACACAUACUUUCUAUGUAUUUUGAAGAUUUUUCUGACGGCGACGCGUACCGUCUAUAUACAUAUUAUAUAUCAACUUUCGCGUUGCACGUUGAUUAUUAUUAUUAUUACUAUUAUUAUUAUUAUUAUUACUACUACUACUACUACUAUUACUAUUACUACUACUAUUAAUAUUAUUCCAGUCGAACGUUUUAUGGUUCCUUCGUAGAAAAUAGAGAGAGAGAGAGAGAGA